UGUAGGUAUAAACUUGUCCUUUAUUUGUGCUUAUGUUUAAGGUUUGCCUCAAUGCUUUCCUCACUUCCUCCAACAUUGUUUGGCUCAUUCAGGCACCAUCUAGUUUAACUGAGUUCAGAUCUGUCAGUGUAAAAGUAACUGGAAAGACAAAACCGUCAGUUAAAGGUAAAUAAGAAAUCGAUCAAUCAUUCAGAUGCCAGUUUAUAAAUUACGCCUGUUUGGUCUGACGGGAUUUAUAUCUCUAGAGGAGGAGGGAUGAUUUUAACAUUAACAUUUAAUUCCAUCUGGAAAACUUUUCUUUUUAACCUUUUUUAAUAUUUUCAGCUGCAGUUACCAACAGUUUCUCAGCAAACUUAUUGAUUCUACUGUGAUUUCUAUCUCAUCCCGUGUGAAGCACUUUUAUUUUGGAGUGGAUCUCUGAGCGUUUUUUUCCUCCACACAAAGAACUGCUCAUCCUUGUACAUUUAUUUUAUUAGCUAAAUUUGAAUUUUGACUUUUGUGAGAAAUCCAGUAAGAGGACCUUUUGACGACCAUACUUUUGAGUUAUAAUGAUACUGGUCAGAUCUUCUAAUAUUUCUACCAUUCUGUAUUGUGAUUUUUAAAUAUCUUGCAUAUCAGCGUUGUGGCAGUAAAUGAUCAAACCAAAGGGCAAAGGGGAAGUGUUGGUUUGAGUCUGAAAGCCAGAAAGUCAGAGCGGAAGUCAUUUUGGUCACAGCCCUGUUCAUACAUUGGUUACAGCGUAUUAUGUAACAGAUACUAAUUACAGGAUAAUACUUCAUUGUGCUGCUUCACUUCAGCUUGUUUUAUGGGUCAUUAUCAUCAGAUCAAAUUCAACAAGACAUGCACAAAAGAAGAAUCUACUGUAGUUAUUUUUUUUAAAUGUUGUUACACUUUUACAGACACACACUCUUGCAGGUUUCCUCCUGAGAGUUCAUUUUCAUGCUCACUACCUCUUUUCACACUUGGUUAGAAGCCGUCAAGUGCCCUGGGAUCUUUACUUCCUCUCCACGUAGUCAUAAAAAACUAAUCUUUAACUUGUUCGCAUCUUUUACAAAUUGAAUCAUUAUCAAAUUGUUUUUAUCUCGUCAUCAGGAAUCAUCUCGGAAAAUAAAUAAAUAAAUAAAUAAAUAAGGUAAGGCAAAAACAAAGUUAGUAUAGUUAAAUCCUAGAACAAGAAAAUGAAAUGGUUUUACAGUAAGUUUGAGUGAUCACUGUCUCAGUUAUCAUCUCUCCAUUUAACAACAGAGGUUAUGACACCUGGAACCGUCCGCUCUGUUGAAGAUAAGAAAAUAAGGGAAGCACUUGACCGAAUGAAGGCUGUAUAACACACUGACAACAGUUUGGCUUCCAGUAGGCGAUAGGGACUUUCCAGCAAACGCUAAAUAUUUGGAAAAUAGCAUCAUCUUACAAAAUCUUACAAACAUGUAUAUGAUCCUUUUUUUUUGGUCAAUACUGUGCAGCUAAAUUUUAUUUGAGAUUGGGGUCGUAACUUUAUCUUCUCUGUACAAGUCAGAUCAUUUCUCAUGGAUAUGAAGAUAGCAAAUACAAUUGUUUAAAUGCCACAACAAACAACCAAAGUAAAAUCUGAUGUUGAGUGAAUAAGUUGGACAAAAGUAUGUGGACACCCAGCUUUGGGGAAACAAAAACAGUUCAACAUAAAUUUGAUCAACAAAUAUUUAAUAAAGAUGAGUGUCAUAAGUACAUACUGAUCUAUAUGAAUAACACCUCAAUUAAGCAUAUAUUAAUACAAUCAAAAUAACUAAAUGAAAUAUUUGGUAUAAACUUUCCUACUGCAUGUUGCAAAAUACUGAAGCAUUUGAGAUGUUUUAAUAUUAAUCCGGUUUUUAUCACGUUUUAUCACAUGUUCAAUCAGAAAAAUCACAGGAUUGGUGCACGUACAACUUGACGAAUAUAGUGCACAGGAUGUGCGACAGGAAAUCACACAUUGAAAUCCUCUGGGGGUUUUCACUCACUGGGAAAGUGGUUUUUGUGUGUAAAGGCUUUGUGAAAGUUAUAAUCAAGUGUUAAAGACUUCCUCUUUGAUCAAAUUCCACUUCCUCCCUGGAUUUGUUCUGCGUUUCCCUGCUACUGCUCAAUGAUUCUGACUCAUCCACUGUGUCUCACUCCAGAUUUUUAGUUUUUUUUCCUACAGUAUGGGACGAGAGACCAACCUUCAUUUCACCCUCUUCCUCCGCCUCCGCCUCCUCCUCCUCCUCCUCGGCCUGUGCUGGGGUCAGAGGUCAAACCCAGACCCUGAGAGGCCAUCCUGCCACAGCUGUGACCUACGGCUCUCCUGUAACUGCUCCCAUUACGGAUUCACCCGUGUUCCCAUGGUAACGGACCGUGCUCUUACUCUGGAUCUCUCCUUCAACAACAUCACCGUAGUGACCGAUGACGACCUGACCGGCCACAUGCAACUGAGGGCUCUGAAUCUCCAUGGUAAUAGACUAGCUGUGAUCCAACCAUCAGCGUUUGACUCUCUGUGGAACUUGGAGGGACUAGAUCUGUCUGACAAUCAGCUGACUGCUCUCAACCCCACAUGGUUCAGCAAGCUAGGAGCUCUGCAACAGCUCAACCUGCUCAACAACCCAUACAGUUGCAUAGGUUCUGCUCCAGUGUUUCAGGGGCUGGUCAGGCUGAGGAGGCUGGCGUUCGGAGGUCCGGCUCUGGAGGAGCUAAAGAGAGGAGCCCUGGCUGGAGUCACUCAGCUGGAGGAGCUCACCGUGCACGGCAACAACCUGUUGAGGUAUGAGCCUGGUGCUCUGGCGUAUGUUUGGCCCUUGGGUCAUGUCACUUUGAGACUCCAUGGACCUUUUUUUACGAACAUAACUUUAACGUCGGCUGUGCUCGCUGACGUGUCGUAUCCUGAGACGCCGAUCAUUCUGGAAGACCUUCAUAUGAUUGAGAAUCGGUCUGUUCAGCCCCUCAGAGAAGCAGCCAGGCGGAGGGUCAGGCACGUAACCUUUCGUAACCUUUCCAUCUCUGAUGAGGCCACUGUCAACCUCCUGGAGGUUUUCAAUGGAGUGCCACUCACCUCCUUAUCAGUUGAUGGCGUCACGCUGACGGGCGAGGGCAGGUGGGAGAAAGCCAACUGGACCGAUCAAAAAAGCAUCGAUGAGUUCUUCGUACGAAACGUCGUGGUGCUGGAUAUUUAUAAGUUUGUCUCGUUUCUCGAGCUGGGGUUCCUGCUGCAGUACCCCAGGAGGGUGUCCGUCAUAAACGCCGGGGUGUUUGUGAUGCCUUGUAUCACGUCCGGCCUUCUGGUGAACCUUCAGUACCUGGACAUGUCUGACAACCUGCUGACCGACAUGACUCUGAUCGAGACACUGUGCAAAGGAAACGGCACACUGAAGGACAUCCGAGUUUUAAACAUCAGUGGAAAUGCUCUGAAGAGUUUGUCCACACUGAGCCAACUGGUAGCAAAGCUCUACAAACUGACCCACCUGGACAUCAGCAGGACCAACUACAACUCCAUGCCUCCAAGCUGCUCCUGGCCCUCCACAUUGCGAUACCUCAACAUCUCCGGGGCUAAACUUGACAACAUUACUCUAUGUCUACCUGCAACUCUGGAGGUGUUGGAUCUGAGCAACAAUAAUCUCAAAGACUUCACUGUGGCCCUGCCUGCCUUGAGGGAGCUCCACCUCUCUGGGAAUAAGUUUCUGAGGCUGCCUUCAGGAUAUUUGUUCCCCAAUCUGCAAACACUGACCAUACAGUCAAACACCUUAAACAUGUUCAGCCGUUCAGAUCUUCAGUCAUUCACACGACUCCAGAAUCUCCAGGCGGGUCAGAACAAGUUUGUUUGCUCCUGUGACUUUGUCGCCUUCCUCCAGUCCGACAUUAAGGAAGGUGAUGUGCAUUUAACAGAUGACGAGGAGAGCUACGUCUGCGACUCUCCCUUCUACCUGCAGGGGAAAUCAGUGGGUCAAGUCCGCCUCUCGGUUGUUGUGUGCCACCAGGUUUUGUUCGUGUCCGUGAGUUGCGGGGUGGCGCUGUUUGUUGGGGUUCUGGUGAGCGUCAUACUAUGGCGCCUCCAUGCCUUCUGGUACCUCAAGAUGACAUGGGCGUGGCUGAAGGCCAAGCAUAGUUCCCGGCACCGGCGGCGACUCAGAGAUGGGGCAGAUUCGGAAACAUUGCUAUCCUUUGAUGCCUUUGUUUCCUACAGUGAAAGAGACACUGGCUGGGUGGAAACCUACCUGGUACCUGAGCUGGAGGAGCCAACGGAGAUCGAUGGAGACGCUGCGAAUUACAGAACUGCCCGGCCAUUGACCCUGUGUCUCCACAAGCGGGACUUCCUCCCUGGACAGUGGAUUGUGGACAACAUCAUGAGCGCCAUGGAGCGCAGCCGGCGGACUGUCUUCAUCCUCUCUGAAAAUUUUGUCCAGUCUGAUUGGUGUCGCUACGAGCUGGACUUCUCCCACUUCUGGCUGUUCGAUGGGGAAGCCGGCGGAGAACCGGCCAUCUUGAUCCUGCUGGAGCCGCUGUCCAAGGACGACAUCCCCAAACGCUUCUGCAAACUGCGCAAACUCAUGAGCUCCACCACGUACCUGGAGUGGCCUCAGGAGGAGGAGCGGAGGGGGGAGUUCUGGAGGAGUCUCCGCGAUGCUUUGGGAGGAGAAGGAGACUGGGAUGAAUGAGAAAGUGAUCUGGAUUAACGGUGAGCAGGAAAGGCAGCACAAGGAUAAGGAACUAAGCAGUUAGAGAAAUGGGAAGAAGAGAAGAGGACACGAGAGGAGUGAACAGUCAACGGAAAGAGGUUUUUUGUUGUUGUUUGUAUUCAUCACUUAAUUUUACCGGAAAAAUCUACAGUAAUCAGACCAAGCUAUUCUAUAAAUUACUAUAAAUUAAGAUGUCAGUUAUUUUGCUGGUAGUGAGGUGAAAUGGCCACUUGAUGGAGCUGUUGCUUUGUCAUCUAUGCUACAACAUGUGGUAAUUGUGGUUGUGAGACCAAUUCUGGCAACAGGAAAGAGCCUCAGCCUUGAGACAACAUCAGGAAAACAAACAGCAGCUGAGGACAGACAUGUUUUCUGUGUGCUCUGUUUACACUUUUAUUCUAUUUGUUUUUAUCCCAUUUUCUUCUGUUCUGCACCCAAGCGUGUGAAGAAAUAAUAUUCAUGUGUCAGUUUUAAUAAAAGCUUAAAAUAAGUUUAA